CUAUCUGAAGGACAAAAACAAAAACAAUCACUCUGUCAUUCUUUGUUCCAUUACGCAAUACGUUUGUGUUUUCUUCAGAGAAGGUUGCAGAGAUGCUCCAAGCGAUUCCCAAGGUUUUCAGCAAAAGGACGACCAUUUUUAGACAUUCAGGUAAAAAUAACUUCUUUUCACGAUGCAAGAGAGCUUCUAGGUAACUAAGGUGGGGAAGACGAAGUGGACGUGAUAUCAAUGGAGCCUAUCGCCAUGAUAGUGCCGCCGGAGUUGCAAGAUUCGCCCAGAACCACCACGCCGGAGAGUAGCACUAGUUCGAGCGCGGGUGGUGAUUCUGGUGACCGCCGUACUUCAACUUCGUCCAGCGAUACAUCCGCGGAUGAGACAUUCGGUGAAGCGGAUGGUGUUGGAGAAGUUGGUUACAGUGCUCCAGUGGCAAGUGCAGAGGCGGAGGUGGUUGUGCUUAAGGGGUGGGAGAGCAAGGUUAUCAACGGGAGAUUGGAUAACCUUUGCAAGGCCCCCAAAACUCUACCGGCUGGGUUUAGGUUUAGGGCGGUGCUGCAUCACGAAGUUGCAGAUGGCGCAGCCAUAGUGAAAGGGUACAAGAAGUUAGAGGAGAUGGUGAGGCGAUACCAAAUCCCCAGGACCAUCCUGAUCCGAGCUGGGACACCAAACGAACGGGCGUGUUCAGUAUCACGGACGGGCUGGGUGCCAGUAUACGUAGACCAUUUUGACGUCGGUCUACGUUUUCCUCUGCCCAGACUAAUUUUUGACGUCCUGGCAGAGUACGAGCUGGCCCUUUCACAACUAACUCCCAACAGCAUAAAGUUUAUCAUAGGCUUUAUGCUGUUGUGUGAAAGGUUGGGGACGCUUGCAAAGGCGGUGGUCUUCAGGUCACUCUUCUUGUGCCGUUUGUGCCCGUCCACCAGUGGAAUGAGAUGGUACUACAUCUCGGGGAGAGAGAAGAUGAUGAUAUUUACCAACAUAAGAAACAAAGUAACGAGGUGGAAGAGACAGUUCGUCUUCGUUCGCGAUACACGAACAGAGAGAAUCAAUAACGAACUCGCCGCCCGUCUGUCAGAGUGGCGUACACCCAACGCAUAUAUGAACUACCCACAGUUGACUGUUGGUGAUGUCGACCUGAAGAACCGGCUGCUCGAUCAUGUGAAAGCGAGGGGUUUGGUGGAUUUGGAAGCCUUGGUUACCCUGGAGCAGAUCGCAUUACUUGGGUUUGUCGACGUGGCAAACCUGCACGGCGAAGCAUAUUGGAAAGGAAGCGUCAACGAGCUCAAGGCUCGAGGAACUAGGGAGCUGGGUCCAGUUCCUAACGUCAAACCCGCUUUGACGAGUGGUCGCCUGUUGCACCGGGGGCGCAGUUCGUCGCACCGAAGUUCGAGCUCAGCGCCAAGACCAUGUGCCGAGCAGAGAGUUGAAACUACGCCCUCGAGUUCGAGAAGGCGCGCGCGGGAGGACUCUGACGCAGAGGAUGACAUUCCCCUCAUCCGGCGGAGGACGAGUAUGGGAUCGCAGCUCACCCCAGCCGUUGCAGUGCGGCCUGCCAACGUGCUCCCAAUGCCAGCACGUGAGGGCAUGCAGAGCUUUGUGCCUCCUGCAGACCGGCAACGUGCGAAGGAGCACGUUCAACAGCAUGGAGGACAUGCUGCUCUAAUCAAGCUGAUGGAUGGAGGACGGGUGCAGAACCACGAGCUCCAACAGAGCUGCAAACAACUGGCCUCUGAGAAAGCCAGUUUGGCUGACGAGGUCAGUCGUUUGCAGAGCUCGGAGAUGGCGAACCGAGCGGCUUCAGCUGAAAGCCGAGCUGAUGAGUUAGCCCGCAAGGUUAACGAGCUGAGGGAGGAGCUUGAAAGAGCUCAGGCAAAGAAAGAGAGCGGCAUUCAAGUUGCGAAGGAGGAGGCCGGCCGUGCAGAGGACCGAGCCAAGAAGGCAGAGUCUGAUAGAGAGAGGACUCUGCACGAGCUGAACGCCCUAAAGGAGAGGGUCUCAAAAGCUGACCUGCAUGUCGCCCGGGCUGAGGCGUCCUUGGAGAAGACCAAGAGGCUCCACCAGCGUGACAUCUACUUUGCCCGUGCACAAGGGGUUGAGUGGCUGGUGCUGCGACACCAAGCUGACUUCCCGAUCGGCGAGCUGGCCUUCUUCAAGGAUAAGGAGAUCAACGAAGAAGGGAAGAGCCUCACCCAGCCAGCUGACACCCGGGUGAGGUUGAAGUGGGAGCUCAAUGAAGAGGGGCUGCCCGUGUGGCCCCCUUCUGUCAUUGAAGAGGGGGAGGACACGGAAGGGUUGCCAAGCUUUGAUGCUUGGGUGGCAGACCCCAAGGAUGUGCCUGUUGAGCCUUCCAACACUCCCCCAUCUGCUCAGCCUACCUCGGCCGCUGCUCUUACUCUCUCUCCUCCAGAUUGGUCAUCUCCAGCUCGAUUUGCUACUGCCUGCACAGACACAUCCAUCCCCGUCGACCUGACGAAUGAUUAGUUUAGGAUUUUUGUUGUUUCUUUUGCAUUUUUGUAUUGAUCAAUGAAAUUAUUCAUUAUGUACUUCAAUUGUAAAAGAACAUUGAUGAAAUACAACUUGAAUCUUUUCUUUUGAAAUUUCUGUAUUGAUUGCUGUGUAUUUUCUGCACAUUGUUAUUUACAGUUGAUUGACAAUAACUUGAAUAAAAUAAUAAUGUACAU